AUGGCUAUGUACUACUAUGCUAGCAAGCUAUCAGCAGUCGCAUGCGGCACUCGCUGCCGGCAAGGAUUAGCGCGCCGCCAUCGGACCAACCGCACCAAUCGGCAGCAGGGCCAGCAGGGGCAGGGGGCGGGCGGUGGCGGUGGCGGCGGCGGCACCGGUGGCAAGAAGGACGACGAUGAAGACUCCGACGAUAAUAACAAAGAUAAAAAGGCGCUCUCGAGUUUCUUCUGUGAAAGCACCAAUGAUACCAUUGUGAUACAGGUGAAGUCGUCGGAGCAGCCGGAAGUGUGCUGCGAAAGCACCCCAACUCUUGUGCACACGGCCAGCCUCGGUAGCGGCGGGGUGAUGUACGGCCAAGGGGCCAUUGUUUCCGGUCCGCUAGAAUCGCUAAUAGAUUUACUGAUGCCCAGCAACGUGGAAGAAUUCGAUCAGGACUACGUCUUCUCGUUUCUGCUGUCGGCGAGGUUUUUCAUCCGCUCCUACGAGCUGCUCGGGAAGCUGCUGGAAUCGAUCCCGGACCCGGAACCGGUCGAGCGCCUCGUGCCACUGUUGGGCGUCUGGACGAAGAUGUUCCCGUACGACUUUCGCGACGAGCGCAUGAUGAAUCACGUGAAACAUAUCGUAGUUAGAUGUGCGGACACCAAGCUCGCCAAUGUGGUGUCCCAGCUACUGUGUGCCUUGUUAGCUCGACUUACGGAGCUGGAAAAUCACGAGGAGGAACUCAAAAGCUAUCAAUCAAGCGUAGACAAUAAGACUGAAAGCAUCGGCUGGCCAACGGCGACCCAGCUGGCGCAGCUGCUCUGCCGCAUCGAGCGCAAGCUGGCCAAGCACGUCGGCCCGGAAGAGUUCGUCCAGUGCAGUCCCAACCUGCUGAAGGAUCCCAACCGGGAGGACUUUACGCCGAAACCGAGCUCGAGCGGUGGCGGCGGCGGGCCGGAUGGGGCAUCGCACGGGAUGGCGCUGGAUGGGAAGAAAACCUGCAACCUGGAGAGUUACCUGGAAUGGUCCGCCCGGUUGCGAUUGCUGGUUGCCAACGAAAUACUGAAGUGCCAAAAUAUCCAAGAACGCAACAAACAGUUCGAGCUGUGGAGCGGGGCGGCCCAGUACUGUUUGCUGGUCGGCAACUACAACAGUGCGACGGCCAUCCUGGAAUCAUUUGAUCUUCCACCGGUUGCUCGGCUGCAGAUAACGUGGAGCAAACUGUCGUCGACAACGAGCCAACAGCUGGACUGCAUGCAGCGGCACGCCGAAGGAUGCGGUAAUCUUUGGAGCAAACAAACGGAACAGCAGCAGCAACAUCAUCAGCAUCAGCACGGCCUCGGCGGUGGGGUGGAAAGGCGACGCACUGCCGGUCCCGGAUCGUCCUCCUCCAGCAGCACCUCGUCGUCGAAACCGGCGACUUCCGGCUCGAGCGGAUCCAUCGUGAACCGGUCCGGCUCCAACGAAUGGGUAGUGCUUCCGGUCUUUGUCGAUAUUAUUAAACUGGCCCUGAAGGCGCGGGAGGACUGCUGCGUGAGACUCCCGAAUGGACACAUAAACAUGACAGCUUUCGAUCGGAUGGCGGCCAUCGUCGGGGCAUUCACCAAGCACAUGGGUCAGGUCAAUCAAACGCUUCCGGACGUCGGCGAGUUCGGCGCACUGUGCCAGUACAUGCAGAGCUGUAAGCUUCGCAACGAAACAGAGCUCAUGCUGGCGUCGUUCGAGUGUGAAGCACCAACGCUGGCCGAGAAGGAAUUGUACGACGUUGCAUAGCAUUUGGUGCUGCUGAUACUGAUGCUGCUUCACUCGAUGCAGUCUAUGAGGGCCGCGCCAUCCCAUCCCCUUCUCCCUUGGUGGCCGGUGGCCGACCGGAAAAAGCCAUUCUUCGCCAUCGAGCGGAUUGCAAUUCGAUUGCGAAUCGGUACGGAAAUCGAGCGCUCAUCAUCGGGUGCUCCACUACGGCGAGUGCACAAGAAACUGGUGCUGGUUUUCCACCGUACUCGUCGUGCUGUGAACAUGAC